AUGGUGGUGCCGCGAAGCAGUCGUACAGUACCAUUUAGCUAUUUGCAGCAGUACAAUUGCUUCCCACCACCUUUUUUCAUGAUUUGCAUAUCUAUUUUGGAGAUUGCAGUUUAUGCAUAUUAUGUGGUAAAAAUGAAAAGUGGAAUUGAGUUGUACGAGCCUGUGCCACAGAAAUCUCCUCUCAUAUUCAGUCCUCGGAAAACUUAUGAGAUAUGGCGAUAUUUCACUUAUAUGUUCAUUCAUAUUGGAAUAAUACAUUUAGCAUUUAACGUAUUAACACAGAUCAUACUUGGAAUUCCGUUAGAACUGGUUCACAAAUUCUGGCGCAUUGCUCUGGUAUAUUUGUCUGGAGUUUUAGCUGGCUCACUGCUGAAUUAUGCGAUCGAUCAGAAGACAUAUCUUGCUGGAGCAUCCGGCGGUGUUUAUGCCUUGCUUGCUGCUCAUAUUGCGGAAUUACUCAUUAACUGGUCUGAAAUGGAGUUUGCACUGCUCCGUGCUUUCGGUCUUCUGGUACUGAUCUCAAGCGAUGUCUCCCAAGCUGUCUUUCACCGAUACUACCUCAAAUCCACUGACAAGGUUUCUCAUAUUUCGCAUUUCGCUGGUUUCAUUGCCGGAGUUCUGAUGGGUACCAUUGUUCUGCGGAAUUUCCGUAAGAAAAACUGGGAACGUGUGGUGUGGUGGAUUGCUGUGACGGUUACAUGCCUGUUGCUCACAACACUUAUCAUACUUAACAUUGUACCACAUAUCUGA